ACAUCCAACAUAUCCAACAAUCACCAACGCACCAUGAAAGUCAGCGCCAAUAUCUUCGCCUUGGCCAUCGUCCUGUUCGCCUGUCUGCUUAGGAGCACUGAGGCAGUCACCUGUACCGCCGAUCCCACUGUAACAGGAUGUAUUGACUGUACCACCAGUCCCACCGAUGCGGAGUGCGUGGCAGAAGCAGCAACCACCAGUACUGUGGCUCCCUCGACAACGGUAGCCACGACGACUACAGUGGCAACAGAUACGGCCACGACAACCACGGCGGCAUCCACCACCAGCACGGGCGGGAGGCGCAAGGUCGUCAGGAUCAGCAAUCUGCGCUACACCGCAGUGCGUCGUAUCCGUGUCAACAGAAGUGGCACCACCAUCCGUACCACCAGCCGCAACACCAACCGCAACCGCAACCUCAACCGAAGACGCGUCAACGUGAGGAAUAGGCCCCGCAACGGUAAUGUCCGUGUGAUUGUCGGCUAGACAUAAUAUCCAUAUACAUUCAGAUAAAACCGAUGGGCAAUAAAAUAGUUCAAACUUCAAAAAUAA